UUUGCAAUGUCAAGUGUAAAUAUUCUUCACUAAAGACUUGAAAUUCUACUAAAAUUCUAUCAGAAAAUGCAUCAGAAAUACAGCUUAUUUGCUAUCUUCAUAGCUUUGGUGUUUUUUAAAGCCGAUGCAUAUGAUCCUUUGGAUCCAUUUGGGAACAUUACAAUCAAAUGGGAUGUCAUAUCUUGGACGGCGGAUGGAUAUGUGGCACUUGUGACAAUGAACAACUUUCAAAUGUAUCGACACAUCCCUAGCCCCGGUUGGACUGUAGGAUGGCAAUGGCAAAAGAAAGAAGUGAUAUGGUCAAUAGUAGGGGCACAAGCAACGGAACAAGGAGAUUGUUCAAAAUUUAAAGGAAAUGUACCACAUUGUUGUAAGAGAACCCCCAUAGUUGUGGAUUUGCUUCCUGGGGUACCUUAUAAUCAACAGAUUGCCAAUUGCUGUAAGGCUGGGGUAGUGUCGUCAUACGGACAAGACCCUGAAGGGGCAGUUUCGGCCUUUCAAGUGAGCGUUGGACUUUCUGGAACUUCAAAUAAGACCGUGAAACUCCCCAAAAAUUUCGUCCUGCUUGGUCCCGGCCCGGGAUAUUCUUGCGGCCCUGCUAUAAUUGUGCCUUCCACCGUAUAUCUUACUCCCGAUCAUCGAAGAAAAACUCAAGCAUUGAUGACAUGGAACGUGACGUGCACUUAUUCACAAUUCCUAUCAUCCAAGUAUCCAAGCUGUUGUGUUUCCUUCUCGUCUUUCUACAAUAGUACAAUCACUCCUUGCCCAUCUUGUUCUUGUGGUUGCCACGGCAAGAAAGAUUGCAUAAAGAGCGAUUCAUACAAACUGAAAAAGGAGGGAAUAAACACUCCAAGAAAGGAUAAUGCACCACUUCUCCAAUGCACUCAUCAUAUGUGUCCGAUACGCGUGCAUUGGCACGUGAAGAUCAAUUACAAGGACUACUGGCGCGUAAAAAUUGCCAUAACUAACUUCAAUUACAGAAUGAAUUAUACACAGUGGACGCUCGUGGCUCAGCAUCCCAGUCUCAACAAUGUCACUCGAGUUUUCAGCUUCGAUUACAAGCCUUUAAUCCCCUAUCAGUCUAUCAACGAUACUGCCAUGUUCUAUGGCAUGAAGUUUUACAAUGACUUGUUGAUGGAAGCUGGACCUUCUGGAAAUGUUCAAACUGAGGUACUUCUAAAGAAGGACAAGGACACAUUUACACUGAAACAGGGAUGGGCUUUUCCUCGAAAAAUUUAUUUCAAUGGGGACGAAUGCAAACUUCCUCCACCUGAUGCUUACCCUUCUCUGCCUAACUCAGCCUACAGAAGCCUAAUGCCAUUUUCAAACACUGCAGGUUCCAUACUUUGGCUUAUUUUGCUCAUCUUUUGAUGAAAGCGUCGUUUUAUGGAAAUUACAAUGGUAUACAGGGAAAAGCCACUUCUUAGACAAGGGUUUAAAUGUUUUGUGAAAAUAUUGGUUAAGAAAAAAUUCAAAAGUCACAGACAUGGUCUUUGUGAGUUCUGUAUUAGUUUCUGUAAUUGAAUAUACGACAUAUUGUCUUCCUUGUUUCUUCUCUUCUCUGUAAGUUGUACUUACUCCAACACUAAAUGAUACUAUUUUGGUGUUCGAUUUUUAUACUUAA